CUUCCCUUAUCGUCUCAACAAUAGGAAGUAAUAUACACGGCAUCAUCCCUCUCUCUCUCUCUCUCUCUCUCGGGACAAUUAUGGAGGAUGCCAUAGUUCUAUAUCCUUCUCCAGCAAUUGGUCACCUUAUCUCCAUGGUAGAGCUUGGAAAGCUUAUACUUAACCACUAUCCAUCUUUCUCUAUCAAGAUCCUCAUCACUACCCUACCUUACAAUUCUGGCUCCAUUUCUCCUUACAUCAAUCGUGUAUCUGCAACCACCAAUUCCAUCACUUUCCACCACCUCCCCACCAUCUCUCUCCCCCCUUCCAUCUCCUCUACCCACCAUGAAACCUUAGCCUUUGAAGUCCUACGCCUCAACAAACCUAAUGUCCACCAAGCCCUUGUUUCUUUCUCCAAGGAUUGCAAUGUUCGUGCCCUUAUCAUAGACUUCUUCUGCACUCCAGCUCUCUCCGUUGCUGCAGAGUUGAAAAUCCCUGCAUACUACUUCUUUACUUCUGGUGCUUGUUGCCUUAUUUCCUUCCUUUAUUACCCCUACAUACAUCGAAACACCACCAAAAGCUUCAAAGACCUCAACAGUGAUCUUGACUUCCCAGGCCUGCCACCAAUACCAUCCACUGACAUGCCAAAGCCAAUUCUCGACCGAAACGAUAAAGCCUAUGAAGGCUUCUUGAAUGCAUCAAUCAGUCUCCCAAAAUCUGCCGGAAUUAUUGUCAACACAUUCGAAUCGCUUGAGCCAAAAGCCAUCAAAACAAUAUCAGAUGGUCUUUGUGUGCCGGAUGAACCAACACCACCGCUUUAUUGCGUUGGACCACUAAUUGCAGUUGAUGGCGGAACCGAUGGAGAUGGUGGUUCGCACGAGUGUUUAAAGUGGUUGGACACACAACCAAGUCGAAGCGUUGUGUUUCUCUGUUUUGGAAGCCUGGGGUUGUUUUCAUCAGAACAGUUGAAGGAGAUAGCAGUAGGGUUGGAGAGAAGUGGGCAGAGGUUCAUGUGGGUGGUGCGUAGUCCGCCAUCAGAGGACAAAAGCAAGCGAUUCUUGGCACCACCUGAGCCUGAUUUGGAUUUGUUGCUUCCAAAUGGUUUCUUAGAUCGGACGAAAGAGAGGGGACUUGUGGUGAAGUCAUGGGCUCCGCAAGUAGCUGUGUUGAACCAUGACUCAGUAGGCGGGUUUGUGACACACUGUGGGUGGAACUCGGUGUUGGAAGCAAUAUGUGCAGGUGUGCCAAUGGUGGGGUGGCCGCUCUAUGCAGAGCAGAGGUUCAAUAGGGUUAUUAUGGUGGAAGAAUUGAAGCUGGCUUUGUCAUUGGAGGAAUCGGAAGAUGGGUUUGUGAGCGCAGACGAAGUGGAGAAGCGAGUUAGAGAAUUAAUGGAAUCGGAAUCGGAAUCGGAGGAUGGAAGAUUGGUGAGAAUGCAAGUGCUGAGAAUGAAGGCAGCUGCCAAGGAAGCAAUGAGUGAGGGCGGCUCAUCUCGUCUCGCUUUGACCAAAUUGGUCGAGUUGUGGACUCUAGGCUGAGACAAACCCAACCGAGUUCAUGACUCGGAUUGUAGUUUUAUACGUUGAGCUGGAGAACAACAAAGUUGGAGUUAAUUAGACUUUGUACGCUUAUACUUUACAUUAAUUUUGCUUUUUUAAUUAUAAUAGCUUACUUCUUGUAAUUUUGGUUAUGUUUCUUUCACUUUAUUUUGAUCAACAAAAGAAGAAAUUUUAUUAUUGAAAA